GUAGAUGCAUACCGGUUAGUAUAUAUUCAGUGUUUCUUAGGCAGAGGCAUUCUUCUUUUCCCUUUUCGUAUUAUCUUUUCAGCUUCAAGAUCAUCAAAUUUCAUCAAGAAGCCUGCCUGAUCACGCAACCUUCCCUCUUUAUUUUUUUUCCCUUUCCUCUGCAAGGAUUUACCCAAUCACCGAUGUCAUUUGCCCCGCCUCCUGGCCCUCCGCCGCCCUCCGUUCCGGAAGGGUGGAAGGCCCAAUUUGAUGACCGAUAUAAUCAAUGGUUCUUUAUAAACUUGCGCACUGGUAAAUCACAAUGGGAACGUCCCGAGGGACUAGCUCAGCAAGCCCAUGAACCACCCAGUGCACCACCACCAUCAUACACCGAAUCUGGACCAGUCAAUUCAUCUGCAUUUGUUGGAUCUGGUGACAAGAAAGCUAUGGGCUCAAAUAAUCCGUACAAUCAGACCCGUGUCGAAGAUACUAUUGAAAGCGACGCCCGGCUAGCAGCGCAACUACAGGCGGAGGAAGACGUCCGGUCUGGCCGACAUAGUCCUGCCAAUCGCGGUGCAAACGCGGAAUAUUAUAGUGGAAGUCCCGGGCCGCAGCCAGGGGGGUAUUUAUCGCCACAGAGGCCGGUAUCACAAAACCCUCAACCAGACCAGCAGCAGCGUGGUAGCAGAGGCCUAUUAGGCAGGCUGAUGGGCAAGCAUUCGAGCAACAGUAACGCAGGCUAUGGCAGACCGCCACUGCCACCGCCACAACCACAACAAUAUGGCUACCAACCAGGCUAUGGUGGUUACCCUUCGCCCCAAGCAGGAGGAUAUGGGUAUUCCGGGUACCCAGCCCAGGGUGGUUACUAUGGUGCAGCACAACAACAACAGCCGCAAAGAAAACAUGGCAUGGGAACCGCAGGAGCUGCAGCACUGGGUGUCGGCGGUGGUCUCCUAGGCGGUAUGCUGCUAGCAGACGCGGCUGAAGACUUUGGUGAUCACCAUGACUAUGACGGUCCGCCACCCGAUGAUGGUGGGUACGAUGACGGUGGAUUUGAUGAUUUUGGUGGUGGUGACUUCUAGUGUGGAAGUGGGUGGUAGUAUUAUUGAGGGAUAUGAAAGGACCUUUGGUUGCUUUAUCUGUUAAUUGAUUUAUGCGUUAUGGCUUACCACGACUUCAGCUCUGGAUGAGACUUGUGUGGCCAUAUCUUAUAUAUCUUGUGGCUUUCCAUUAUGGAUGUUCAUAAUUGUGUCUUGGGUCUUUUCUUGGAACUCUGCGCGAUAUGUUGUGUGGAUUAAUUCAAGGCAUAUUCUUAAUGUAUAAGCGGUUCCUGGUGAUGUGUAUUUUGAAAACUGCCAUAUCUAACCCCUUCUCCGUGUGGCACCACUGCUUUCCCUGCCACUUGCUGCACUUUGGGCAGGCGCAUCUGCACUUGCUACUGGCCCGGGUGCUGCUGUACCAGCCAUCCAUCCGGCUAGGUCGAAGUUUGCAGCACCCCCGCCACCCAUGGCCUGUCGGCUUGCGCCAG